AUGCCUCGUCAAAAACGUAUAAAGAAGAAACCUUCUCCUUACUCUAUCAAACAAAAAGAUAACUUUAAUACUUUACCAAACGAAUUAUUUCUUUUGAUAUUCUUAUUUCUGAUCCCAAAUGAUAUCACCAAAUUCUCAAAAUACAAGUUAAAUGAUCAGAGAUUCAUCGAUUUUCAAAAGACAAAAUUCAUAAAUCAGCAAUUUCUUUGGUUUUAUAGAUAUUAUUUUUCUCAAUAUGGAACAAAAUAUUGCCUGAUACAAAAGUAUAAUCAACUUUAUUAUCCUCCCAAAUGUUAUAAAUGGAAUAUUCGAUAUUGUAAUAUACAUACUUGGAUCGAAGUUGAAGAUGAUGAAAACAAUCAAUCAACACGACAUAUACUUCGCUAUGCUGAUCGCUAUGCUGAUUUUGGAAAGUUGUAUUGUAUGUCACGUGGUGAUAUUUUAUUAUUUAUUAAAUCAGAUAAAGUUGAUGGUUAUGGGAAAAAAACAUGUGAUAUUUGCAAAAGUUUUACAUACUGUGCAAAAUGCUCCUAUGAAUUUCGAAGAGAUGACGUAUUGGAAUUAAGAGAUAAAUUAAAAACAGUUCAAUCAGAAUAUACUAUAGGGGGAGGAUAUAUAGUGUAUUUUAUGCCAAAGACAAAACUAAAAUAUUAUGCUGUUCGUAAAGGCAGAAAACCAGGAAUCUAUUUAACUUGGGACGAAUGUAAAUCGCAAGUUAAAGGAUUUUCUGAUGCUAGAUACCAAAGUUUUGAAAUUAAAACUGAUGCUGAAAAUUUUAUCAAUAACAAAAAAGAAACUGUAGUUUUAGAUAAAAACAAGAUUCAAAUUUGGACUGAUGGUUGCUGUUUAGGUAACGGAACUAAAGAAGCUAGAGCUGGGAUUGGGGUGUUUUAUGGAGUUAAAGAUCCGAAAAAUCUUUCUGAACGACUUCCUGGUGAACAACAAACUAACAAUCGUGCUGAAAUUUAUGCUGUUAUUAGAGUGAUCAAAAAAUGGAUUGAAAAAUGGGAAAAAAAUGGGUACAUGACGAGUAGUAAUCAACCAGUAAGAAAUCAGGAUUUAAUUAGAAAAUUAAAAAAACUUAUUGACAGUAGAAUAGGAUCAGUUAAAUUAACCCAUGUUCGAGGUCAUAAAGGUAAUUAUGGUAAUGAACAAGCAGACAAAUUAUCUAAAAUAGGUUCUUUAAAGGAUGAGAUUAUUGAAAAAGAUGAGAAAGUUAUUUAUCGAAAUACUAUCGAUUUUUUACUUUAG